AUGAUAAAGACGAUAGAAGUAGAAGUACCAGAUCGUUCAAGAAAAGACGAAAGAAAAUGCCAGACCACCAAAGAAACCCCCAGUCUUUCCUCCCUACACAGCGGCCCAAAGCCGACCCAAAUCAACCAGCUGCCGUUGGCCGAUCAGGCUCUAGUUCAUAUCCGAGCCCCCCAGAUCGCCCCCGCUUCCCAUUCAGGCGGCCAAGACUGUCCCCAUUCGGCGUUGCCGUCUGUCCGAUCCCCUUCUCUGUUAUCUAUCCUAAUCAUCCCACUAUUUCCCCAAACUUUCACUGAUCUUUUGCCACUCUCUUCAGCCGACGGCCGCUAUUUUGCUUUUUCACACACCUUCGAGUACGGCACCCACUCUCAACCCUGA